GUGGCGGCUGGCAAAAUGAUGUUGAUGCCGCUAACAGUGAUGGUUAUGGCGAAGGCAGGAUUAAAGGCGUUCCUUUUGUGGCCCAUGAUAUCGAAGAUGAUGAAAUAUUUUAAGAAAAAAAGAAAAAAGGACACAAAUCAAGAAUGAUCAUGGAUUGUUCUGAAAGAAUCGCUUGUGUUAUUCAGAGGGCAUCAAAAAAUGGCUGGACAAGCCACUUGGGUGCGGCCGCUACUUUUUCUAUGAUAAAUGAUGUAGAGGAAGACGCUCCAUUUGCCAAGGUUCUACUAAGUGUUUUGGCCGGUGAUAAGGUUGCAGAAUGUAUGUCACUAGACUGCGGUUCCGGAGUUAACAUUAGCUGACACUCAUAACACAAAUAAAGUAAAAUGCAUGACUCAACUGCUAAACACAACCUACAUAAUUGUAACACGAAGAAGUGCCAACUUGCGAAUAUUUAUUAUUUUAACCUUAUAAAGCGCGAUGAUGCAUUUAAUACAAGUUUAGUUGAUCACGAUGUCGCUGGCGGUAGCAUUCCUGACGACAGUUUUAUUACCAUAUGCUUUAAGUACGUUAAUAGUUGACCCUAAUGGAUAUCAAUACGAAGUGGGAACUUUUAUACCCAACGAUGGAGUCUCGUUCUACCCGGAGCCAAGUCCGCCAACAUAUCAGCCAAUUACGAAUAUUCUGGAAGUUCCACAAGUACCUGAACAGCGCAACAGUAGGCAGUUACAGCCGUCUCCACCAAAAGUUCCAACGGAUACCUCGCACAUAACGAAAAACUUGAACUCUGAAAUCAACGAUAUCAUCGAAUCUCUAAACCAGCUGACAGAGAACAGGAUGACAGAAAACAGGAUGGAUGAAAAUAUGGAGGCGCGUGCUGCUGAGCGGGCGGACGAAUAUGGUCACCGCCUUUCUUAUGGAUACCCUUCAAGCCCACAGAACUAUGGACCGUGGUCUCCUUCUUACGUGCCUCAGUAUAAACACGAACAAACUCCCAAACUGUCACUAUUGAAGCCAGAUCUACUAGUGAAACCAGUAGCUACGAAGGCGGCAAGUAAGAUAAGCGGUUUGAUUGAGCUGGUCCUCGCAUUGCUGUCAGGAUCUGCCUCUAAUGAUUUGGAGCUAAAAGGUUUCAAGGAUAUUGUUAUCAAUGGGAUAGUGAAGCCUCUACUGACUGCUAAAGGUGGUCUAAAAUCUUUGAUCAGUAAGUUGAGUAUUCCAGUAAUUUCUUUGUUGUUGAUUAAUCUGGAAGUGUUGAUAACUAUUUGGUGGUUGUGGGAGGAGGACUGUCCCCAGCCGGUGUACCACCAUCCGUCCUAUGGAUACGCACCGAAGCCGUCCUAUCACGCUACAAGCUAUCCUACUCCAAGCUAUCCUACUCAAAGCUAUCCUUCUCAAAGUUAUCCUUCUAGCUAUAACUACAAUCCUUAUAAAUAAUUCUACUAAGACCUAAAUUGAUCCCAGUUUUGUAAUAAAAAUUGUCAACUUACAAUUCAUUAUCUGUUUGUGAUGUGACAUAUUCAUUUUUAUAUAUCUAAGAGUUUAGUAAUUUAUUUUAAAGUAAGUAAGACUGAAUAUCGUUCUUAUGUGUAUGUAUUAAAAGUCUACG